UUGCUUGGACACAGCUGACCGCUGCCUGCUAGAAGAAAUAAACCAGGCUAGGCUAGCAGGACAGAUAGUUAGCCGCGCAGAGGAGGACUGUGGAUGUAAACUCAUGAGGACAGCGGAGACAGGAGGACAGCAGCGAGUCUCUCACCUCCAGCGAUGCGGCCGUGGAGCGUCGCAGCGAGCUAACGUUAGCGCUGUCCGACUCUCACGGACGGAUCCAUGGAAAAAACAAGCUCCAGCGACGACACACAACAGGGUUAGGGUUAGCAUAGUUUCAAUGUUAUUGUUAAUUAAAACCCACAUAUGGUCACAAUGUCCUGCUCUGGAAACCUGGUUUGGGAUGUAAAUAAACGUUUAAUUGGAUACAACGAGCCGAACACCAUCAGGACCAACUAUUUAGGUAGAAGAGAAUUUGUCCAGAGACUGAAACUUGAAGGGACACUGAAUGUACAUGAUGGCUGUGUCAACACUAUAUCCUGGAACGACACGGGUGAAUAUCUGCUGUCUGGUUCAGACGACACCUUUUUGGUUAUCUCCAACCCGUACAACAAAAAGGUCAAGAAGUCCAUACGUUCAGGUCACCGGGCGAAUAUCUUCAGCGCUAAGUUCAUGCCCCACACGAAUGAUCAGGAGAUCAUCUCGUGUUCCGGAGACGGCAUCAUCUACUACACAAACACAGAGAAGAGUCCUGAGCACAACAGACAGUGUCAGUUCACCUGCCAUUAUGGAACAGCUUACGAGAUUAUGACGGUACCAAAUGACCCUUACACGUUCCUGUCGUGUGGGGAGGACGGCACGGUGCGGUGGUUCGACCUCCGCACCAAGACCAGCUGCACUAAAGAAGACUGCAAAGAUGACAUCCUGAUAAACUGUCGGAGGGCAGCAACCUCUAUAUCAAUCUCUCCUCUGGUGCCGUACUACCUGGCUGUUGGCUGCUCCGACAGCUCAGUGCGGAUCUACGACAGACGCAUGCUCGGCACCAGAGCCACAGGUAACUACAUGGGUCGGGGGACGACUGGUAUGUGCGUGAGGUUCGUCCCCGCCCACCUGUCUAACAAGUCGUGUCGUGUGACGUCCCUCUGCUACAGCGAGGACGGCCAGGAGGUGCUGGUCAGCUACUCCUCUGACUACAUCUACCUGUUCGACCCCAAAGAUGACCAGGCCCGAGAGCUGAAGGGCCCGUCUGAGGAGCGGAGGGAGGAGCUGAGGCAGCCUCCAGUGAAGCGCCUCCGUCUGAGAGGUGACUGGUCUGACACUGGACCUCGAGCUCGCCCUGAGAGCGAGAGGGAGAGAGACGGAGAGCAGAGCCCCAACGUGUCUCUGAUGCAGAGGAUGUCGGACAUGUUGUCUCGUUGGUUUGAGGAGGCCAGCGAAGCUCAGAGCAGCAGAGGAACUCCGAGGCCUCAGACACGACCCAGAGGAACAGCUGUCCGUCCAGAGGGAGCGUCAACUGCUCCAGCUGCCCCUGCAGAAGGUUCCAGUCAGGGGUCCAGCGUCCCCGAGGGGACCGUGGCGUCCACAGCCCCGGAGGCAGCUGCUGCUCCUGACGCAGCCACCGCCACUGCUGCUGCCGCCACCGCCAUGCCUAAAUCCACUUCCUCUUCCUCCUCAGGGUCAUCAACAACAGUCACAGCACCUCCUCCUUCAAGCUCCUCGUCAGUGGAGAGCUCGGCUUCCUCCACCUCCCCCCUCACCACAUCAACUGACUCGGAGCAGAGGAGUCAGCCCGAAACGACCGGGACGCCCACGCCCACGCCCACACCUAGCUCAGAACCUGCUCUCUCAGAUUCCCCCUCGUCCGUGGUAAACAAACAGCUGGGAUCCAUGACUCUUGAUGAACAGCAGGGAGCAGCAGAAGCUGCAGCUUCACCUCCUGAUCCACCUGUUUCUGUACCAGUCAGCACCAGUGCUCCCAGCACCACCACAACAUCCACCACGACCGGCACCAGCCGACCCAGUGCAGCAGAGCCCGUCCUCAGCCUACAUUACAGUUCAGAGGGAACCACCACCAGCACCAUCAAGCUGGACUUCACUGAUGAGUGGAGCAGUAGCACGUCCACCUCUAUGGGCAGCGGAGGUCCCAAAAUAUCAGAGGCAGUGGCUGCGCAGAGCCGAGAGACUCUGUUGAAGGAGAGUUCAGCGCCAGAGCAACCCGUGACCUCGGGGCAGCAAAGCGUCCCGGCCGCCUCCACGGAGCCGCCCUGUGGCGCCUCCUGCUCAUCGGCUCCGGCCCCAGCAGCGGGCUCCUCUCGGGGGGACACUGUGUCUUCUACACUGGCGGAGACGAGUCAGCCGGAGGGAACGGAGGACACGACGGGAGGUUGCAGGAGAGCUGAGCCCAGAGCGGAGGAGGGAGAAGAGGGCCAGAGUCAGCCUCCAGCACGGGCCAACCAGGACUCUGACGACAGCGACGACGAUCCCAUUCUCAUCCCGUCUACAAGGUUCCGAGGUCAGAGUCAAAGACGAUCAGCAGCCGCUCGUAUCCAGGAGCUGUUCCGCAGGAGGAAAGAACGGAGGGAGAUGGAGGAGAGCGAGACGCAGAAUAUCAGAAGACCCUCAGUCAAGAUGGUCUACAAAGGCCACCGCAACUCCAGGACUAUGAUAAAGGAGUCGUGUUUUUGGGGCAACAACUUUGUGAUGAGCGGCUCCGACUGCGGCCACAUCUUCAUCUGGGACAGACACACGGCGGAGCACCUCAUGCUGCUGGAGGCCGACAACCACGUGGUCAACUGCCUGCAGCCGCACCCCUAUGACCCAAUUCUGGCUUCUUCAGGGAUAGACUACGAUAUCAAGAUUUGGUCGCCACUGGAACAGUCGCCGUCUUUCAACAGAGUCCUCGCUAAUGAGGUAAUAACUCGGAACGAGCUGAUGCUAGAGGAAACUAGAAAUACAAUCACAGUCCCGGCCUCCUUCAUGCUCCGAAUGUUGGCCUCCCUUAACCACAUCAGAUCAGAUCGACUAGAAGGUGAUCGCUCUGAAGGAUCGGGACAGGAAAAUGAGGACGAGCAUUAGCCUGCUGGCGUUUUAUUUCUAAAGAAAACACUAUUUCUUCUUGCUGUAUAGCACUUGAAAAAAACCCUGAGAUUUGUACAAGUAUAGUGUAGAAAACUUCCUUUUGAAAAUUAGUGUAAUUUCUAGCCCCCUUGUGUUUUUUUAAGAUGACUUUCUUACUGAUGUUUCUGUAUGAGGAUAAACUACAACUGUGUGAAUGCAAAAGGCAAGGACGUCAGUAUAUAUAUAUUAAGUGUGAGAAUAAUGGCGGCUGGUGUGCAAGGAUGUUAAGUGCAAUAUUAUUUUGUUAGGAGAAAGUGAGCUUUGAUCAGUGUUAACGUGUGACAUUUUGAAUUUGUAGCACAAAGCUAAGAAAUGUUGAUGUGCUGCUCCGGCAGUUACGCAUGUAAACAAGGACUUUAAGUAAAAACAUACUUGGAGAAUGCUUUAAUUUUA